AUGGCGAUGGUCUCGAGGCGGGCGAUUCAAAACCCUGGAAAGGGUGUCGCGGUGAAGCAGAAGCCGAGCAUCCGCAAGACGAUCGAGUCGAUGAUCAGCACUGGAAGCCAAGCUGAGUACUUUCGGCAGGAGCAAACCAUCAUCAUCUUCGAUUGGGACGACACGCUCUGCCCUUCCAGCUGGAUCCGUGCAAACAAGAAGGUCUUGUCCUUCUUCAAGCCAGCUCCGAAUGUGGAGAAAUACCAGAAACCGCUUCGUGAACUGCAGGCGGCAGUGGAAGUACUGCUGAAGCUGGCAAUGAAGCUUGGUACUGUUGUCAUCGUAACAAAUGCAAUGGAUCCGUGGGUCGAGACUUCCUGCCGCAACUUCCUGCCCUCGCUCCUGCCGCUGGUUAGCACGCUGCCGGUCAUCUAUGCACGGUCCAUCUUCGAGCAGCAAGGCGUCGACAUGGCCCGCAGCCCAAGCAGGGGUUCGUCGCCUCUGAGUCGCCUGGCGAUGCCUGGCAUGUAUGCAGCCAACGGCCAGAACCGGCUGGGUAACAUCAAUGCAAAGAUUGCCGCCCAGCGAGUUGAAGAGACCUCUCCGCAGAAGUGGAAGGAGGUCGCAUUCGCACAGGAGAUCAAGGAUUUCUACUCCCGCUACCAGCACCAAAGCUGGAAGAAUGUCAUUAGCAUCGGGGAUUCUGUCUUCGAGCGAGAUGCAGUUCGCCGUGUUGUCUUGCAGCGACCGACCCCAACAAAGAAAUGCAGGACCAAGACAUUGAAGCUCUUCGACGAUCCUGAGAUUGAGGAGCUCGUUGCGCAAGUGAAGGUCGUGUAUGACGUGAUCAAUGUUAUGGUUCAGUACGAUGGCGACCUCGACAUCGAGAUUGACGAGGAAGACUUGAAGCUUGACGGGCCCUUGAUGGACAAGUUGCGGGACUAA